AUCAAUAUUAUAUAAACUUUUUUCUACAUGCUAUGAUUAUAUGUAGUACUGAAAAAUGUAACUAUUUGUUGGUUAAUAAGAUAGUCAUAUGCAUUUAGUGUCCAGACAAGGAUAGCUCCGUCUUUUUAAAGAUAAAAUGUGAUUAUAAAAUACAACUGAUAAAAGUGGACGAAUUCGUUGUUGGUAUGUCAGUCAAAUAUUUUGAUACCAAGUGCAUGUAUAGACAUGUAUAGUAUGCGGUGUCCCUUUGAUCUAAGUGCGCUUUCCAGUAAAUUCGAGCGUAUCCGUCGUUUUCGGUACAUUUAAAAGUACAAAUUUACGGAAAAUGAGAGUAAUAAAUAUAUACAUGAAUAACCAGUAUUAUACAGUAUAUUCUCAAACAAAGAUGACAACAAGUCAUUUGUUUACUUUUUACAUUGUAAUCUUAUGAUACAGGCGUGCACUGUGUGAAAAAUAACUGAACGGAAUAUAAACGUCAGGAGGCGUUUACAAAUACAGACUUUGUGUUUCAGUACGAGUUUAAAUUUAGAAACAACUGUUUAAUUUCAAAAAAUGGAUCCCAACAAACCCAAGAACAAGCUUAUGCACGAUUACCUAGAUUUGCACAUGGGGCUAUUUUGUAUCAUAUUCGUUUCGUUUACUCGUAAUAUUAGUGCACUAGUUUGGAGCAGAUACUCUGUUUAGUAUUGUAUUACCAGCUUUGUAGUUCGGAGCUUCUGUGUCUUCUGUGUAAAAAAAAUGAUAUGAGCCGUGCCAUGGUAAAACCAACAUAGUGGGUUUGCGACCAUCCGCGCAGUCUGGUCAGGAUCCAUGCUGUUCGCUAAUGGUUUCUCUAAUUACAGUAGGCUUUAAAAGCGAACAGCAUGGAUCCUGACCAGACUGCGUGGAUGCGCAGGCUGGUCUGGAUCCUUGCUGGUCGCAAAGCCACUAUGUUGGUUUUCCCAUGGCACGGCUCAUAUACUUUUCAUUUAUAUUUGGUGAAUACUGUCUCGUCUCAUCUGAAUGAUUCACAACGUCUAAAACGCUAGAAACACUGUGAAUUUUAACUGGAAUGAUGUCUGCUAAUGUGCCGCUAUAUAUAUUUUCUAACGUUUUAAAAACGAUUAUCUUGAGAAAAACAGAAUAAUCAACAUUAAUAUUUAAUCUAUAUUGUAAUUUCAAACAUAGCAGAUUAUAUCUAAAUGAUCUUUGGAGAUUGUAACCUAUUUUGUAACAACUCACAAAUCUAUAAACAAAAAUGGUUAUCAGAAUCUCGAAAUUUUAUACGAAUGAAUUUAUUUUGGUAAUACAUACGCUAGAUAUAUAAAUAAUGUACAAAAUUAGUCAUACUUUUGUAUAGAUAUGUGUUAUGAUCGUAUACAUGUAUUUAACACAUGACCAUAUUUACUGAAACAGUAGCCCAGUGUCAAAGUUGACAGUCCACGGUACGAAAAUGACACAUUUAUUGACGUAAUAAAAUUCUUAUCAUCAGUUACUGUUACUGUUCCAUUUAAUGUACUGUUUACAAUUACAAAAUGCUUCAUUAAUUAGUAAUUUUUGCCACCAUUUUUAUCAGGUCGUAACUGAUUUAUAUUGGUGAGAUAAAAAGUGUGUACAUGUGAAUUUAGCUAAAGAAAUAUUUUAUCUGAUUAAUGGUCAUUAAGUAAAGACAUAUGCAACGUGUUUAAAGGCGUGAAGUGUAAAUCAGUAUUUUGUUUUAAUGGGUUUUUAGCUUUGUACGAGUUCUGUCGCGGAAAUAUUGCGCGACUUUAGGAGCGCAAUAUUCUUCAUCUAAAGAACGAGUGUAUAUUUCCCGAUGCAAAGAUAAUAACCUCUUUAUUACAUACGUACCUACGCGUAUAAAUGUAAUAUAAAUAUUAUGAAUUUGUUCAAUAGCCUGAAUAAGACAGACAAUGAAGAACUAAGUAAAAGAAUAAUUGCAACGACACGCAAUAAAUUACGUCACGCUUCAGGCGUCAGUGUAUGGAAAAAUAUUGACGUUUCCGGUACCAUUGUAACUUAAUGGGGAAUAGAAACGAGUAUAUAAUAAGAUAAAGUAUUUAGUAAACAUAUAUGCAACUUACGUUAAACGCGUGCAUAAUAAAUGAUAAUUUUGUUUUAUUGGUUAAUUAAAUUUAAGGAAACAUAUAUGCAAAUUAUGUAAAAUGCAGGCAUAGUAAAGUAGCAUUUUAUUUCAUUGAUAAAGUAUUUAGAAAACAUAUAUGGCACAAAUUUUAAAAACAAACGUACAUAUUUAAGUAGUUUCUAGGAAGUGCUUUCAUCGAUAAGUGAGAACUGUUGCAGACGAAAAUAAAUUUAUCUAAACAUUAUUUGAUGGACGAUUCACACUAGGCAAACCUGAUAACGAUAUUCUCAACAAACAUUGAAAGUUAAAUGUCUUUGAAGCCAAUGGACAUUGUUAUGACAAUAUUUUAUUGACUUUGAGGCCCACAGUUUUUCCUCAAGAUUUACAUAAUUAUUUGCUUAGCCUACUGGCAGAUGUUUCCCUGCUUUUCAUCUAAACGCAGCAAGAGCUUUUUAAAAUUUAUGUUUUGCAGAAAAAGCUUUGUUUAUUUCUCUUGAUUUUCAGUGGCAGCGGUAUGACAUUAAUUUUCUUUAUAUAGAAAAGUUUAAAUUUAACAUUAAUUUUGUAUCCAAGAACUGUAAUUAGAAUGUCAUGAACAUAAUUGGUUCAUGCUUUGACCAUUGUUUGCAAUAACAUUGAUAUGGUCAAAUAUUGUGGAUCUUUUGUCUAUCAAGCUUAGUACAACAACUAACUGUGCUGUAUGUAUAAUGUACUAUGACAAAAUGUGAUAUGUGUAUCGUGUACCAUAAAUUACAGUGCUCUAUGUAUAAUGUACUAUUUCUAAAUGUGCUAUAUCUAUAAUGUACCACAACUUACUGUGCUUUUUGUAUACGUUCACUUUUAGGUAUACCAAGACUAUUAGGUUUUAUUAUUCCUGGAGAAAAUGGUGCUCGUCCACGACUUCAACUGAUUCCAGCAGAUUGACGUUGGCAUAAAAUGCGAGCAACUUUGUUGUACAGUCCUGACAUGCGUCACGAUACAAAUAAGAUACAUUGGACCUCAUUUUUGUUUGAAGGUUUACCGUCGGCAGCAAGAAGUUCAUUACGGUCAGUUCCAUUUAAUCCCCGGUCUGUGGUCGAUGCUGUCAGACGAGUGAGUCCAGGCGGCUCAGAAACUGCAGCCGGGUCUACAAGUAACGGGGAAGGAAGAAGACGGGCAAAUGUGAUGCUUGUUCGACCUCCAUCAAGGACUUCAAGCAGUGCGGCCGGUUUAACACCAGACGUUUUACGGCAGAUACGUCAGGCCAUACGGAACCGCGGCUCCACAAGAGGUUCGGCAAGAGGUUCUUCUAGAGGUGCUUCAUCAACGACUCCUAGAGGUAGAUCUAUUUCAAGCAGCUCGUCCUCCUCUUCCUCAUCCUCAUCAUCAGCAUCAUCUUCGUCAUCACAGUCGAGAAAUGUUACUUCUAGGACUACAAGGCCACGGACACGAGAAGAAUUGAUUGCUACGAUACGUAGACGAAUUAACGCUGCAAGAGGCCGAGCAAGUUUAGCUGGAGGACCGUCACGUGUAGAUUCAGCUGUAAUCACUAAUGGAAUACGACCAGCUGUAACAGCAAACUCUGUCAGUAAGUCAGGGUCAACUUCCUCAAGUUCUAGUUCAGCAGCUGCGUCAAAUAACAAAUCUUCUGUUAUAAAUGAAGGUUCUGGUAUAACUAGAACUGACAGUUCCGGUUCAUCAUCCAGUUCCGCUUCCUCUUCAUCAGCAUCAUCAUCUUCUUCAAUGUCGUCGUCAUCAUCUAAUGGUGUUAGAACAAAUGGUUUAGGUGGGUCUGCAGUGACCUUAGCCGAUGAGACUGGAAUUCCCGCUGUCCCAGUCGUUCCUGCUGGAACCGAAACAAUCAUUGCAAAACCAGGAGUGGAAGUAGUUCCAGUCAUACCACCAUCACCUACCGUCAUGACUGAACCUCAACCAGCUGUCGCUGAUGUAAGACCUGUAACCAGUUCCGUAGGAGCUUUUGGUCCCUUACCAACAGUGGCAGCAAUCCCUGAUGUACCUGUUAUGCAGCCGAUCGCAGAUUCAAGCGUCCAAUCCGGCAUUCAGUUUAUGUCAGGCAUUGAGUCCCCUCUCUCAAGAAAUAUGGGCGCGGCAUCGGCUGUAGAUGCUUUACUCCCGAAAUUAGAUGCUGGACCAACAUUUCAGGUUAUGAAUGAAGUACAACCGUCUUUAUCAGGCGACAUGCUGAUGGCAAAUAUGGGCGCAGCUGGAACUUCCGGCAUACAAGUGGAAGGUGUUGUACCCCUUUCAAGAUCAGAUGUAACCAGCACACUUCCGGAGUUUACGGCAGCUGGUGCAGUAGGUACUGUGGCGCCAUCUGCAGUUGGCGGCAUUGAGAAUAUCGGUAUAUCCAGUAUGAACCAAGGUUUUGGAAAGGCAGGGUCAAAUAUAGACGGAAAUUUAAAUAGUUUGUCAGUUAGUAGUGGAAUCAGCAACGUGCAAACUGUUGUGAACAUGAAUGAUGCGGCUGUACCAGGACCGUCAGAUGCUAUCCGCUUGCAAAGUUUGUCUUCAUCAGCGCUAGUACCUGCUUCAGAUAUCUCGGUUUUCAAUGAAAUAAGUCCAACAAACACUGGCCUCAUAACAGAAAAUGCCUUCACAACAGGAGUUGUAUCAAGUAAUGGGUUCUCUAACGAAGCUACAGCUUUUCAAAUGCAGCCUGCUGGAGUAAUAGAUAAUGCCGUUGAGCAAACAAUCACAGGUGCUGGUAAUUCUGCUAAUGUUGACUGGGGACUGGGUGCAAGUACCGGACAAUUCAGUUCACAAAUGAGUGCAUCAAAUACAGCCCUUGAUACAGGAAACAGUCAAGUUCCACCAGCUCCAGAAAGUUUUGCUAACACUGGAACCGGGUCAGGAUCAUUUGGGGCAGCCAAUGUUGGGAUAGUUAAUGAUGUUUCACAGUUUGGUGCGGAUAGUAGAAUAGCAACUGGAAGUUUUGAUAGUAUUGGAACAGGAUCCAUUGGAACAGCCAAUGCUGGGAGCGUUACAAAUGUGCCACGGUUUGAUGCAAACAGUAGAACAUCAACUGGAAGUUUUGAUAGUAUUGGAACAGGAUCCGUUGGAACAGCCAAUGCUGGGAGCGUUACAAAUGUGCCACAGUUUGAUGCAAACAGUAGAACAUCAACUGGAAGUUUUGAUAAUAUUGGAAUAGGUUCAUUCGGGCCAACAAAUGGAGGGAACUUAAAUGAUGCGGCACAGUUUAGUGCAGACAAUAGAGCAGGUACAAUGCGCUUUGAUAAUAUUGGAAUAGGAUCGUUUGGGGCAGCCAGUAGUGGGACCGUUAAUGAUGGGGCACAAUUCGGUGCAGACAGUAGAAUAGGAACAGGACGUUUUGAUAAUACGGGAGCAGGAUCGUUCGGAACAGCCAACGUUGGGACAGUUAUUGAUGCUGCACAGUUCGGCACGGACAGCAGAACAGUAAUUGGAGCAGCUCCUGACAGUGUAAGUCAAUCAGAUCCAGGACGACAAACAGCAAAUGUACCGAUUACAUUUAAUUCAAAGGGAUCCUCUUUGCCUGGUGUUUCCAUUGUCCCAGGAAAUCAAGGAAAUGGUCAAUCUAGCGAACCCGCAUUCAAAACUAUAGCUGUUGAAAACAAAUUGUUUGAUGUGAACAAGAUUAAAGAAGCUUCGGCAAGAUCUGCAAAGGCGAAAAGAACUAAUAUACUUAGAGAGCAACCGUUUACGAUGAACUCCCGAUUUGGAAUGAAUUCUGAGGCUGCUUCUUUAAUGACUAGUAACACUAAUCUCUUUAGCGCUCCAGGUCAGGUUGAUGUUUCACAGAAUGUUGCGCCAAGUGGAAAUUCUAGAAACCGCUUGCCAUCAUCUGGAACAAUAAAUGUUGAUAUGUCAUUUGUCCCUUCUAAUACACAAGGAAUACAGCCUAAGACGGGUCUUCCAAAUCCAGGUAUUACGUCGGUCCAAACAGAUGGUACUUUUUUAGGAUUACCUUCGGACGGAGGCAGCCCAAUAGUUUCAUCAUCAGCUAGAACUAAAUUCCAUGAUCAAUCAUCGUUAUUAGCUAUGGUCUCUGAACAAAUAUCAAAACGACAGCAGCCGUUAGCAUUACCAGCUGAUGUUUCUAUGCCAACUGGAUUUACUAGAAAACCUUCGUUUGGAACGAGCCGAAUGCCCUUUACUGGCCCAGCAUCAGCUUGGGAUAUGCAGCCUAAGCUGCCGAAUAACUUAGAUCUCGCAAUUCCACCGCAUCCAACAAGAGGGCCUUCACUGGGUAGAGUGGACCUCCCUCCUCCACCAUUACCUACCCAGAGAAGUACAUCUAGACAAGACACUGGGCUGAUGUCAGGUUUUGAUUCUGUUCCUCAAACAACACUUCGUCCUGCAACCCUCAAACAGAAAACUGUUACUGCGCCAGUAUUUGGGUUCGAUCCUCUCUCUGGUGCCGGUAUAUUUGAUGUAGCUCCGCCUCCGUCAUCACAAAUUAGGGCUGAUAUGUCUAUCCAUGGUAGUAGAAGAGAUGCAAUUAUCACAACAGUCACCCCACCUCCGUUUAUGCGAACUGACAGUGGAUUUAAUACUUACAUAGAACCAGUCAUUACGACCCCACUACCUGACUUAAGCGGAAACUUGCAAGAUCCGAUGUCAUUUUUAUUUGACCCAGUAAUUGCCCCUCCACAGACCAUCUCCGACGUCCGUGUAGAUAUUGGUCCACCACCGAUUGAUAUCAAACCUAACAUGGUUAUGGAUAAUAACUUAAACCAACUUCCAAGGCAGAAUAUUCCACAAAUGCCUACAGAUAAAGCACCAGCUAUAGACUUAAGUAAUACCUUUGACCAGUUUUCCACACAAACACCAUUUACAUUCCCACCAGCAUUUGGUACUACACAGAUUCCUCCUCAAACCCCACAGGCAACUGCACAACCAAACUUUGCGACUACACCGCCAACAACGAUACUGUCAACAACGGUACUGCCAACCACUCCCGCUGCAAUCGACCUUACAUCUCUUCAAACUAAUGAAACAAAGCCUGUAGCUCCGACACCCUCAGUUUCGAACAAUACAAGCAGCAUCGACAUUCCAGCGAUGCAAUAUGACAUGACACCUUUUAAAAAUAAUGAAAACUGGGCCAUAUUUGAUCCUACUUCUUUACCUCCUGGAGUAAACUUUUCAGAUUUUGGACCUAUUAUUGAGCUUCCUAUCGACAGUAAAGUGCAGUUUACAAGUACAAAUGAAGUCGGCUUUCAGGAUAUGUUUUCGCAAGCCGUACCAGCCGGCGCAAGUGCAAAUUCAAAUGAUCCUGUAAAUAACAGUUCAGCUAACAGCAACAACGCUAAAGCAGCGGGUGUCACAGAACAGCCUUUGCUAAAUUAUGUUGAUGUCACUCAAUCAGCAAAUUAUGUUUUAAAUCCUUCUCAAGAAAUGAUCGUGGACGCUCAAACUAAAUUGCGGCAACCUAUGGGGAUAAAAAGUGAAGCGAACAAGGCAAUGAAUACAAAUGAUAGACAACUCAUUGAUAUACAACCAAUAGCUCAGUCCGAAAACAUGAGAAUACCGCCAUUGAACAAUGCAGCUAGCUCCAGCAGUCAGUUGACCGCCGAUGUAUCAGGCAGUAGCCAGUUCAGCAUUGCUGGAACAGUGAAUGAAUAUGUAAAUGAACCAUCCUUUGGGUCCAGCUCAGGGCGACUUCAGACACGCGUUGAUAUUCCUCUUCCGCCGCCACUACCAAUAUAAAUAAAACUGUGUUUUGUAUUGAUCUUUUAUUGGUUUUCUGUCGAUUUCUAUUAAUUUUCUAUUGAUUUCUAUUUAUUUUCUUUUGAUUUCUAUUGAUUUUCUGUUGAUUUCUAUUAUUUCUUUAUUGAUUUCUAUUGAUUUUCUAAAAAAGAUUUUUGGAAAGUAUCUGUUUUAAAAUGGUCUUGUGAAACCUAUGAAAAUGCAAAUACUUAUACUUGAACAGACAUUCAAUUCUCUAGGGUGAAAGAGUCCAUAGUUAUGCGACACAAAUCGUUAAACAACAAAUGCUGAAUAGCUAUAUCAGAAUUAAAUUUACAUGAAAGUACUCGUUGACUGAAAUUAAAAAUGCGUUAUUUCUUUGCUAGUCGUAUACUUAGAACUUUCCGAGCUCGGAUAGCGGCAAUAAAACGUUUGUUAAUUCUACAUACUGAAUGUCUUAAUUAGCAUAAUUGCUCCGUGUUUAGAAUUAUCAUAUAAAAAUACUGGUUCAUGUGUUUAGUAGUUGUCCUUUGAAUUGUUAUUUGUUAUAAGAUGUUUGUUGAAAACAAUGAUAAUAUCGUUUGAUUUGUGUAGACCUAAUUAUGAAAUAAAGGCUUGAAGUAAGCAAUAAAUAUAUCAUAUAAAAGCGAAUUCUACUCAUAUGACUAUCUAGCACAUUCAUAAUUUUAACAUGACCGAAACAUUGCGGAAUGAUAAUUAGUUCACUUGGUUAAUGAUUACAUUUUACUCGGACUUUAUCAUACACUCCUUCUAUAUAGUUUACAACUUUUUCUGUUAUGUCCGACAGGAAUCCUAUUCCUUGAUAUGUGUUUGUAUGUAACUUAAUUCUUCAUCAUGUAUUUGAAUAAAUGAAAAUAUCUGUGAA